AUGUCUCGCUCUGAAAUAAUUCCUACACUGACAUCCGAACUCGCUAGAGACAUCCUUAAUAAAACAUUGGAAGGACUUCAACGGCCUGAAAACGUGAAGAAACUCGAGGAAGCUAGGGACAAUGUAGGUAAUGAGAUGUUGAAGAUGAUGCAGUUUCUAUUUCCCAUCAUUAUGCAAGUGCAGAUGGAUGUAAUCAAAUCCUUUGGGUAUCCAGAAGGUCGAGAAGGCAUCAUAAAGUUCACUCAAAUGCUGAGAGGUAUUGAGAGGGAGGAUCAGGAAAUUGCUAGGCUUCAUAGUUUAAUUAAGGCGUACUAUUUACCGCCAGUUAACGUCCAUACUGCUAGUGAAUCUCCUGCAGAUGAAAAAACCAGUAGUAGCUAA